CCAUGAACCUGUCCCAAGUGCUCCAAGUUGUCCCCGCCUUGAAGAUCACCACCAAGACCUCGGGGAUACACAUCCACGUGCAUCAGAGAGUGAAUCUCACCUGCCACGUGAGCCACUUCUACCCCUCCCACCUGCGUCUCACCUGGAUGGAGAACAGACACAAGGUGCAGAUGGUGGAGUCCCCGCAGGUCACAAGAAACCCAGAUGGGACCUAUUCUUUGGAGCACACCUGGCAGGCAGAGGCCAUGCUGGAGGGGAGCGAGUUUGCCUGCUGGGUGGUCCAGGAUGAGCAGCCCCCAGUCCAGGCCAACAUCACCCUGCCGGCCCAGGGGUCAAGGUCAGGGAAAGGCCGGAGCAUCCACACUUCCUCCUUGCAAGGCCCCCUCCAGCGAUCAGAGCCGGGCACAAGCAUCCAGCUGACCUACAUGUCCUCCGGCUUCCCCUCACGUCACGUGACUGUGACCUGGUUGAAGAAGAACCGAGAGCUCCCCAAGCAGCGGACCCAUGUCCACGCCAGCGGAGACACAUACAACGUGACCAGCAGAGUACUUGUCCCGCUGCUGGCUGACGACGUGCUCUCCGUGGUCCAGUGCCACGUCAAUCACAAGUCCAUGCUGGUGUUCCAGAAAAACAUCAGCCUGGACCAGUACCUCCUUGUUCCCCCUACAGUGACAGCUUCCCAGGCUUCUUUCUCCUUGGACUUGGUGGCUAUUACCGGCCACGUGCAGAGAUUCUAUCCGCAGAGCGUGCAUCUCACCUGGACAGAGAACUGUCAUACAUUCAAGGGAGCCGAGCAACUUACAUCCAAGCAGAAUAGCAAUGGGACCUACACCUUGGAAAGCUCGCAUUUAGUGAAUGUGUCGGGGCAGGAGUCUGAGUGGGUCCUCACCUGUAAGGUGCAGCAUGAGGCACAACCUCCCAUCCAGGCCAACCUCAUACUGUCCAGAGCAGCCCAUGGCACAUACAAGCCCAUGGAAAGCUUAGGUCCACAGAUGCCUGUCCUUAUCUUUGUGGCUUUCCUUCUGGGCUUCAAGGUGCUGCUGGUGAUGAGUUUCAUAGUCACGUACAUCUGCAUGCAGCAGAACUUGUAA